AAUCCUGUGUUUAUGAGUGAUUAGAAACAAAAGGACAAGUUACCUGUAUUUUUAUGUGGUUGCUAUCAAAUUUUUGUUUUUUGUAACAUAUUAAUCGCACCCGCAACAGGUGUAGGUAAAAUGAAUCAUACAAUGCUUUAAAUAGACCAACAUGUCAUUAUUAUAUUCAUUGUUUCCAAUAAUGGCGAGCCUCAGGAUAUUUUCUCUUGCUGUGUUUAUGUGUAGUUGGGUAUCUGAAGCUCAAUUUGUGGGAAGGACAAUACGCCACUACAUGCCGGCUCCCAUGGAACCUUGUUACGGCGGCAGUACUGGAGGUUCCGAUGAUCUCAGCGCACUCUUGGCGCUCGCGCGAGUUCUCGAGAGCAAUCAGAACCAGAACCAAUAUCCACACAAACAAGAACCUCAACCACAACCGUGUUCCUGUUCUAAUAAUAAUGACAUAAAUACAGGAGACAUUAUCAGUAAGCUGAUUGAUGCUUUAGUUAAUGCUGUUACGCAUAGUACUCAUAGUUGUGGAAGAAAUAAUGGUAGUGGGAGUUCAUCAACAUCGUCAACCACCACUGGAAGUUCCUCUUCAGGUAGCGAGGGCCUCGUGCCUGGCCUACUUGGUGGAUUACUUGGUAGCAACGGUCAAGGUGGUUCUUCUAAUAAUAACGGUGCUGUCGUUAAUUUACUUCAGGGCCUGUUGGGUGGUGGGAGCGGUGGAAACGAAGGCGUAGUUGUUGACUUACUUAAGUCUUUGCUAGGUAGCAGUGGUUCUAACCAAGGGGUUGUACCGGGCUUAUUAGGCGGCUUAGUUGGCUCUGCUCCUGGUGGAAAUGACAAGGGGUCAUCUGAUGGUAACACGAAUAGUGGGCUAGUGGGAGGUUUGUUGGGGGGUGACAAUGGCGGACUGGUGAGUGGACUUGUCGGAGGCAAUACUGGUAGUGUAGGUAACGGCUUGACGGGCGAUGGUUCACCUGUAGGAGGGCUAGUCGGGGGCAGCUCAUCUUCAGACGCCAGCAGCGGAGCCUCGAACGCCGCCAAUUCUGGUGGACUGCUUAACUCAGUAUUAUAAUUUUGUAAGAUAUUUUUAACGUAUAUUUAAUGAAUUAAAUCUAAAACUAAAGGAAACCAUAUUUAUUUUUCCGGUGUAAAGUAGUAAAUUGAUGGUCAGGGUCACACACAGUAUAUAAAUACUGUGUUGAUGGUGCUUUAUUCUAUAUAUUAUUUAUAGAGCAUAAUUUAUUAUGUUUUUACACAAGAGAAGACGGAACGGGCCGCUAGUUGCGUCGGAUCGUUAUUUUUUAUAAAUCCAUAGUUCCAUAUUUUCAAGAAUCAAAGUAAAACUUACAAAAAUUCCAUAAUAUUAGCUACAUGAAAGAAAAUUUUUGAGAAAGUAAAGUUCAUAAAUUAAAAAUACCAACAUGUUCUAAUUUGUUAUUUAUCUUCUAUCUUAUUAUAUAACUAUCAUGGAUUUAGUAAGUAGGAGUACCUACUAAUUCCAUGAUACCUCCAAAUUCAGAGUAUGAUAUGAUCACAGAUAUAAAAACAUUGUUGAUUAUAAACUAAGUUUACCUACAAUAAACAUCAGUAGAUAAGACACCUGCACAGACAUUUAAUUUUGUAAUUAUAUGGCAUAUUACGCGAAGCUCAGCGCAGAUGGCGCUGAUACUGGUACAACUAAGGUAUACAAACAUUGCCAAUAGAGACAAAAUGCGCCAAUUUUCAAUAUUGUUGCAGAUUUAAGACCAAAAAUACCUUCUACGCAAUUAUGAUGUGAGUUUAAAGGAAAAAGGAAGGAUUAUCCUGAAAAUAAUACCACUAUUAGGUUAUGUUCUGCUUUAUUUGUUCAAAUAAAGCAGAACAUAACGCGGGAUAAAUGUGCAGUAAUAUUUUAUGUUAUUUGCCUAUUGAAUGUCACCGUUCUAAAUUCGUGCACCAAUGUGUCCAUCUUUUUCAGUCAUACCUAUUGGCGAUCUAGUAGUAGUAUCCAAUCGUCAGUUUCUCAGUCUGAUUGUCAGUGUCGCCUUAAACUGUUAUGUCACUGUCAAACAGUCGACAACAAAAUACGUUGACAUUUUGAAAGUUUGGUUGAUGGUUGCUUCGCUUUAUUUGUUAAUUAAUUUGUAAAUUUGUAAGAUUGCAUUUGAAACGGUGCUAUUGUAUAACAUUUUAUCAAGUUAAUUAUUAUAGGAUUUUACUGAAUAAAUAUUAUAUUAAACUUAUUUUGAAAGUUUACAUGUCAUUAUGACGUCCGAGUUUGAAGGCAUUAAAACAAAUGAAUUUUUGAGACGGCGAAAGUUGAGGCUUCAGCAGGUUAGAGAGCAGUCCAAAGAUAUUGCCAAGAAAAUAAGACAACGCGCUAAAGUUGAAAAGUUGCGGCAAGUCAGUGAAGUCGACUUGAAGAAAGAGCAAGAGUAUUUACAGCAUCAAGAGAAGCUUGUAAAGCGUUUGGAAGUACUGUAUGCUAAAGGUGUCAAAAGUGUGGGUGCUGGUCACAAGGAGGCCGCGGAUUUGACGGAUGUUUCUCCAGAGAAGCUUGACUUAUCCAAACAACGUGGCAGGGAGGCGGCUGCCGAACUGAGGAAGAAGAAACAGGCUCUGUUAGAUGAACAGAAAAAGUUACUGGACAGAAAACUACAAGCAAGGGAAGUUGCUAAUGAAAUCAGCAGAGAAAAGUCAGGUAAUGUAGCCAAUAAGAUAUUGACAAAAGCAUCAAAUGCCACUGUGAAUGAGCAGUCCAAAGAUAAAUGUCCAAAUGACGAAAAUGUUGAAGAUCUUGACAAUAAUCCAGGAAGAGAAGCUGUGACACAGACUGAUAUGGCAACACAGUGGGAUGUCAAUGUGAUGCCAAGUGAGUGGGAGCCCUCUGUACCAGCCUUGUCUUUGCCAAGAGAUGACAGCGAAAAAGACUCAUUAAAUGUCAACAAUGCAGAAAACAAGUCGGACAAAAGCAGGAGACUUGAUUUGUUUGCUCUCAGUGAAGAGAUGCCUUCUAGCUUGCGUGGAGGGUUGACUAACAUACCUGAAGAAAGGGUUACUUUAAAACCAUCUUUUACACAGGUCUCAGAGUAUUUGCAAAGCAGAAAGCUCCGAUUAAGAGAAACAGAAAAAGUAGCAAAUAAACCUGUGGGGGACUUACAAAGCUUGAAGCAGACAAUUCUUCGUGCCAGACCAACAAGGAAUGAAGGUAGUGAUGUUUGUCAUGUUCUAGAUGAGCAAGUUAUCCCUGUCCCGUGUUGGCAAGCGGAGUCCAACUGUCACUUUUGCUCUCACAGAAUCUCCCAUCACCAUGAAGCAACAGAAAUAACUGUGACUAAUUCACAAAUUAAUAAGAUUUUUAGUUCAAUUCGGUCAACGAGAGAUAUACAACCAAGUCCUGUGCUGAGGGGAUCAAGCCCUUUCAGAAGGGAUAAAGUUUCUCAAAAAUUAUCAGUUAAAGGCAAUCCCAGAGAAAAGUCCCCACAUUCAAGUAUGGCUACCUCAAGUGGAAUACCAAAAAGAAAUUCUGUGACAGUAUACAAUCAUUCAACCAGAGAUAGCAGGAACAUACCAUGUGGAGACGAGCAGUUAGUUUUUCAUAAUGCGCACAAAGAAGAAGAUGCCUAUGCUCAGGCCAUGAAAGAGGGUGCUGCUAAUGACGCGAAGGAGAAAGAGCAUCAACAUCGACUGCAAGAAAUGAGAAGCAAGAUAGCUAUGACAAAGCAAAAUGUGGAAAAAGAGUACAAUGACACACUAUCAUUUCUAAAUUCAUUGCCUAAAGAAAAGGGAAGCAAGACAGUGAAAACAGCAUUUAUGGAUGAACGAUGUGAAAAGAUGCUUAAGGACAGCCGUCAGCAUAAAUUACAACAAGAGUUUCGGAAAAUCGAAAAGGAGUGCAAGAAGCAUGGACCUCGGAUUUCUAAAAGAUCAUUAUCGGAAAAUAAUAGGCAUAGAUCAAACUCUCCCGAAAAUGGAGACAAUAUUGAAUCGCGCGACUUCCAGUACUCCUGGAUGCCUGUACCGGAAAGUGAUGGUAGCUUGGCAAUACACACCAUCCCCAACACGAAGCCAAAGUCUGGGAACAAUGUCAAGUUCAGUAAAGUUGACAGCUACCAUGAAUACAGGUCGCGCCACAAACACACGCCGCCUACCAAAGAUAAGGACCAGGAAAAACCGAAAACAGUAAUUGAGACUGUUCUUAUUCAAAAUGGUACUGAAUCCAGUGAUUCUUCAUCAGAUACAAGUUCGGUAGAAAAUUUAAACUUAUCUCAGAAAAAAAGCAAGAAAAAGCCUGAUAAAGAACUGACUGAAGCUGAAAGAAUAAUUAUUUACAAAGUUUUGGAAACGAAAAAGAAGGAUAAGGCAAAGAAACAGGCUAAAUUGAUAAACAGUAUUUCUAAAUCUUUACAUUCCAUUAAUAAAGAAAAGAACUCUAAUGAAGAGGCUAUUGCAAAUAACGAUAGAGUGCAAAAUAGAGUAUCUAUCGAGCAUAUUCAGGAGGGCAUAUAUAAAACAACAAAAGAAAAAGGAGUUUCUUACAACGUAACCAGCUGUUACACUGCAAAUGUAGAAAUGUGGCAAUCUUCCUCUGCAAGGCAACCCUGGUGGGAUAACAUAACGUCAUUAUAUUUCACGGACAAUUCAGGAGAGCGCCGGACUAUAUCCUUGAGCAAAGAUGAAAUCACCUACGGCAAUCCAUGCCAAUGCCAUCUACUGGACAAAGAUCAACAACGUAAUACAGGUACCAAUAUACGAUGGGAAAAAGGUGAUAAAGAGAAGAACGUCUGUGAUCAAAACUGCUGUAGUGGUUGCAAGUGUGCAUGUGUGUGUUCUACGAAACCCGUACAGUAUGCAGUUCCGCCCACACCUCAACCCUCAGUAGCCACUUCCACAUCUUCAUUCAAAACUGCAACAAAUGAUAAAGAGAACCCAGCGUGCCCCGAAGGUGGUAUCGUGAAACUCAUAGAUGACGAAGGCCAAGAGGCAGGGAAAUUCUAUAUAGGUGCAUCUGGAUUUCUCAAGGAUGAUGAUUAUGAAGUUAUUAUACAACUUAGAAAGAAAGAUUCUGUUAAAGAAGAGAAAAAACCUGAAAGCCAAGCUGAUAAAUUAUACCCAAUACAAGAAUCACAGCAAACUGAAGAAUCAACAUCUAUUAAAAAAUGUGAUUGUAUUUGUGAUUGUGAUUGUAAAAUUGGUACUAAAAACGAAGUUCCAGUUGAUAGCCAAUCUAGAAAUAAACCAGUAGACAUUGCUGAGGAAGCCACACAGGCUGUGCCUGAUAUCCCGCCAAGUGAAGAAGUCACUAAACAAAGAAUAUCAACUGAGCAACCACUUCAAAACAAAGAAGAGAAUACCAUAUCAGGCACUAAAGUUAGUGAAGCUGUACAAAACAUAGAAGAAGGUCAAGAAAACAUCUUGGUUGAUAAAUGUGUUUGUACAUCUUUUAAUUUAUCUUACGCAGUUCCCAAUCACAUCGCUAAAGAAGAUCCGCCUUCCAGCCCAAAGACUUCUGCAUCCACAUACACACAGACAACAUUUAAUUCUACCAAUACGCGGCCCCCUUACAUUCAUAUGAGUUCGUCAACAUCAACUGCUUACAUGAGCCCCCCUGAAGUGGUGUUACCAAGAUAUUUUAGACGAGAUUCAGACGAGGAUACUAAUAAAGCAUACAAUAAUGAAUUUGGCAAAUUUGAAAAUCAUUAUGAAGAUAGAGCUUCUGAAAAAUAUUUUAGCAGAAAGACAAGCACGGAAAAAAUAAAUUUACCAACUAAAACAAAGAAGAUGCUCAGAUGUUUGAAGACAAAUAUUCCGACACCGCCAAACACAUGCAGGAGCUAUAAUACUUCGAUAAGUGAAAUGCCUUGUAAUGAUAAUAGUUGUAAUAAACGAAACAUUCCAUUUCGCAAAUGUCGUAAGUGUGAAUGCAAUUCCGAUUCAGUUAAAGAUCACAAAUCUCAAGGGCGUAAGAGCUCAAGACUAACUACAACCAAAAAAAGAACAGUAUUGCCAAAACAUACCAUUGCGAGUGCAACUUCGUCAAGUAAACAUACAUGGAAUGUAAAGAAAAAAGAUAAUAGCACUAGUACCACAUUUAAUCCUGUAAUUAAAAAUUAUGUUAACAAGUUGCUCUCCCUCAAUAGAGAAGGCAUAAAGGUUCUAGAAGUAGUGGACCAAGAAUGCAGUACUGUUGCUACUCCAGGGAGUUCUAUUAUAGAUGUGCCACAAAAUACGGGCAAAGAAAAAGCUUGUGCUGAACCUAAAUUAUCACUAGAGCAAAUAAAAAAUGAAUUUAUAAAAAAAAUAUUAAGUGAAUAUAUUAAUAUAAAUCGAACAGAAGAAGAGCGACAAGGUAAAACGGAACAAAAUCAUGUACACAUAAAAGUGUCUGCUGCACGUCUAAAUAAAAAGAGAUCAAUACAUAAAGUUAAAUCUUUGAAUAUUUCGAAACGCCUGCUGAAAAAGUCAGCAGAUAUUAAAAAAUCGUCGCAUACGUGCGUUCCUUUGCCUCUUCCGAUACCGCAGAGGCCACUAGAUGUAUCUAUAAAAAAUGUAGAGAAAGGUCGCAGUAGGAGUUCUCCUACACCUAGACAAAAUCUCAAUCUGGAUUAUAGGCGGAAAAGUGACGCUUCCGACUUAGAUACUACAAAAUAUUCAAAAAGACCUACAAGAAAUGAACAGCGCGUUGAUAAAAAUCAAGAUUGUAGACAGAGCAACAGCAAGGUUUGCAUACCUCAACAUAGAGCGUCAUCUGCUACGCUAGGCGCAGCUCCAGUGAGUCUGAGAGAUAUUCCAGUCGGCACUGAUACACAAGAAGUUUGCAAUGCUAUAUCCACACAAACUAGUCGUCACACGAACGAUGAUCCCAAUUAUGUAAAGUUAGCAGAAAAUAAACUCGAAAAUAUGGAAAAAAUUGCCGAUCUUACGGAACAAUGUACUCAACGAUUAUCGAACCUCGCCAAAGUUUUAGAAGAGGUAAGAAGAAAUAAAUCUCUAGCUUACAGUCAAACAUCGACAUCCGAUUCAACAUCUGAUGUGGACCAAAGGUCUGAUAAAAAUAAUCGUAAUCCAGAACCAUCAAUAGAUUUUGUAGAUGUUCAAAGUAAGCUGAACUUAAAGCCCUCGACACCAGCACUUACAAGCGAAAGUGAGGAGGGUGAGACGUUAGAUUCUUCUAAAUACAUAUCUUUCUUGACUGAUAUUCCUAAACCUUUGUUUACAAAAUCAUUGCAAUCGGAAGUAGAAGUUCCUUCUGACAUAACAGUAAAUGAUGCGACUAAACCUAGGACUAAACCUCCACCUGCUUUAUCGCGAAUGCACCUUCGGAAUGUGCAAGGCAUCACUCCGCACGAAUUGUCGACUGUUGUCGAAGUCGAUUCACCAAUGAGUGUGAGAUACAAAAAUCAAUCUUCGCAUACAGACAAUAAGUUUGAUAGUAUAGAAACAAAUAUAAACUCCAAUAAAGAAUUAGGAGUUUCUCCUGGUGGUCAAUUACUCAAAAAUAAUGAGGAAAAAAUUGCAAACCCUGAUUUGCUACAAAGUGAUCUUACUUUGUCAACUAGACUUCAACAAAGGAAACUAACUACGGAUUCAUCUGACGAGUCUAAACUGCAAAUGAUAGACUUGAAACAAUUUAACGACAUAAUGUUACAACCAUUUAUAAGCAUUCAAGAAUAUGCUAAACAAUAUGACAUGGGAACAGUGGAUGAGGCUUCGAAUCUGGGCGACGUUCUUAAAGAUGACGUCGUGAAUGAGGAUCUGAGCUCAAUGCAAUCAGACAGCAGUCUGCCGGACGUCAUAGCAGAAUUGUUAAAACGUAAAGUUAUAACCGAACCUUUUAAAUUCGAUACAGUGUCGAAUGUACACUCCACGACCGGCUCAUCUGAAUCUUCCGUACUGGCCCUCCGUCUCUCGCAGGUACGAAAGGAGAAAAAGAAGUCUACUGUAAUGUUUCAAGACAAAGAAAACGUUGCCGAAAGUUCUGACACUUUGAGUUUUUCAUCAAAUCCAGAUUUAGAAAAUGCUUUCAAGAAACUUGGUAUGGGUUGGGCUUCUUCUACAUUAAAGAAAACGAAAGAACGAUUGGCUCUAUCCUCGUCUUCAAAUACGUCAAGUUCGAGCGUAUCGCAAUUUAAAAUAAAAAGUUUAAACAAUCAAGAUAUUCCAGCACUUGUGACUGAUUCUGUAUCAACCAUAAUGCAGUUGACUAAAAAAGAGGAGAAAAAAGAUUCAAAAAAUAAUGGACAGCAAGCGAAUAUGUCCCAGUCGAUGACAGUAAAGGAGUUUCUGACUAAGGAAUUAGCUGAUAAAAUUACCUUUACUAAUAAAUCGAGACGAAACGAUACAGAGGAAGAAUUUGUUUCUUUAUUUGAGACGAAAAUGCCGGAAGAAAUGAAACAUUCGUCACAGAUGAUAGGAGAAGAGAGGUCAAUAGACAGCGGGCUGGGCAACAGAGCCCGGACGUCCACGCCGGUACAAAUCUUCAAAUCAAUGACUUACCAUUCUAGCUCGAGCUCAAACGUGUCAAAUGGAUUAUUCAGCAAUGCUGAUGACUUGUCGUCGGUGAAGGUGACCUCUAAUUCCAUAAGAAAUCAUUCCACUUCAGAUAAAGAUGACUUAACAAUUCCUAAUUGCAGUUUACGAAUUAAAAAAGCGUCCGACGCUAGCAAGAGUGAUUAAUUGGUUGGGGACAUUUCCACUUAUGUAUAUUUUGUUAUUUGUUGUGAUAUUUAAUGAACUAAAAUUAAUGUAUGACAUUUAAAGUUGUUGUGGGUUUAUUAUAUUUAUAAAUAAAAUCAAUUCAUUCAUUGCGAA